UCGCGGAUAAAGCGAGAAUUCUGGGUAAAAUAACGUUUGUCGUGUCGGCUGUCGCUUGUAAAAUUUCAUCGGUGGGUUCAUUACAAAAUACGAUUACAACGAUAAAGUCGGAGCGAUAGAAUUUUAUUACGUAAUUUCUUCAUAUCGUCGGACAAAUUCGCGUUCAAAUCAAAUAUUUUCGUGCGUUCUAGCGUCGUGCAUUUCUCUUGCUUUACUAUUUAGCUCGUUGAUAACCGAGUGUCGUUUGCAGUCUUGUACCUGCGUGCUUGCCUGUGCCGUGCCAUUUAAGGCCAAUCCACGAUGAUUGACCUCACGGUAAAGACUUUGGAUUCGCAAAACCAUGCUUUUUCAUUGGAAGACGACCAAAUUACAGUAAGAGGCUUCAAAGAACAUAUAGCAGAGUCAGUAUCAGUACCAGCAGAUUCACAAAGACUUAUUUAUUGUGGUAGAGUUCUUCAAGAUGACAAAAAGUUAAAUGAUUAUGAUGUUAAUGGAAAAGUUAUACAUUUGGUGCAACGUGCACCACCUCAACCAGGUCAACAAGGAAAUGAUCAUGGUUUUGAAAAUCUUCAAGCAUACUUGCCAAAUCUUCAAAGAUCACUCUCUCGAGUUAUUCAUGAUCAAAUGUAUGGCAAUGCUAUGUAUUUGGGUGCAAUGGCAGUGCCAGCAGAAAUUGUUGAAGGGCAUGGAUUGGCAGUACCUCAGUUGAGCAAUAGUUUAUCUAGCAGUCGUUUAAAUUUGGCAAGACGAAUGCUUCAACGUGCAAAUGCACUUAUAGAAAGACUUGAUGAUCCUGAUUGUCCCCUUAACCCCACUACAGUUGAAAAUAACCAACCACCAAUAACUCCACAAGUGCAAGUUCAACAAUUAGAUGGAGAACAACUUAACAAUGAAGAUAGAACAAUUAGUGGUACCAGAAUAACAGAAGCUACAGUAGCUGCGAUUGCAGCUGCUUUGUCUACAGCUGGAGCAAACAAUGUCACAUUAGUUAGAGGAAAUUUUGAUGACGGCGUUGAAACAGUCCCACUUAGCGAGGCUAAUGAUGAUAAUCAAUCAGAUGCUCAACAACCACCACAACCAUCGCAAUCUGAACAACAAGGAUCCACGUCGAAUAACGAUGCGCAAUCUACCAGGCAAUCCACACUUCCACGACCUCCACAAAUGGCAGAAUUAUUGGAACUAUUACUGAAUGCCCAAGAUAGUUUGCGACCAUAUAUAGAACAUUAUCGACAACUUAUGGUUGCCGACCGUUCUUUACCUCGAGGAGCAGGAGGUGUGGAAGAAAGUCAGAGAAUAGUGGAUGGUGUAAGCCAAAGCUUACACUACAUAUCUCAUGCUUGUCAUGCAUUAAGCGAUAUUAUUGUUGAUAUGACCCAGCAACCACCUAGAAAUUUGCGAUGUAGACCAAUUAUUAUUCAACACUCGGCUAUUUUACAGCCCGGUAUACCAAUACAGGUAGAGGCACAUAUUAGUUUGCACGGCCGAAAUGCGAAUAACAAUAAUGGUGGCGAAGAGAACGCUGAUUCAGCAAAUACGGUUCCACAAUCAGAAUCAAACGAAGCUACUACCGAGGAAACUAAUCAGCAACCGGGACACGAAGCUGCUUCUCAACAAACUGAGCAACAGCAAGAACAAACGCAAUCUCCAUUUGGUACAGUCUUCAAUCUACCAAAUAACGUGGAAGUAUUAAUGGAGGUUAGUCCUGAAAAUAAUAUGGACGCUCCACCAGGAAAUGAACAACCUCCAACUGGGGAAAAUAAUAAUAAUAACAAUAACAAUAAUGGCGGAAGAGUAGGUGGUACUAUCGGUUCAUUCACAUGGGGUUCAGCUCCACCCCCAGAUUUUAUACGUAACUUAAUGCAAGCUGCUGGUUACAUGGUACAAGGUGGUAUUACUUCUACAACAAUUACAACCCAGAAUCCUCCAACUGGAGGACAACAGACAGUUACUUCAUCACUUGAUGGGAAUACAAACGCUGGACAAAGUACGCAAGCACGAAGCAACGUUGGUACACAUCCUACUACAGCAACGCAAACCAGGAGUACCUCGCGUCCGCAUGUAUUCCAUCAACAGGCGCAUUCUUUAGGUGUUGGUAUGAGUAUAGGCCAAGGACUUGACUUUGAUCCAUUUCUUCCUUGCAAUUCACAUCAUGUCCGUCGAACGUCGACCACAACUUCUAGUACUGUCACUUCUACGCCGCAAGGAACCCGAACAGCUCGAACAUCUACGCCCGAAACUCAGUCUCAACCGCAAACAGCAACAACCUCAACUACGACUAAUAACACUAGCCCUACGAAUACCACAGUUUUAAUAUCAUCGCAAGAGCGUCCUGCUAGGAAUUUAAUCCGACAACUGUUACGGUCUUCAGGUCAGCCGUUAGGUAACAUCGGUUUUGACAUUAAUAACCGUCGUAUACUCGGAGACGAUGCAAGGGCUAGCCAGAUGGCUCGAAGUUUGGCUAACACGACUAUGAGAUUCAGAAUUCCAGAAUCUGUACAUAACUCCACGCCAUUUUUCACGUCGCAGAAUCCAGAAAACGAAGAGAAUUUUUUCAUAAAUUUGAUUUCAGUAAUCUCAGAUAAUAUGAGUAUACGAGAUCUAUCAAGAUUACCAGUUGACAGUUUGGAACCAAUUGUUCGUCAAAGAUUGGCAUUACAAGAAUUCUUUCAAAAUAAUUUUCCAAAUACUACAACAGAAACACUUCACGAACAAGUCACAGAACGACUGUUACCAAACCUAAGACCACAUAUACAAAGUUUCUUACCACAAGAAGAAACGGUGCCAUUUCGUACUAGAAAUGGUUCGCGUAUCGAUAUUAACGCAACCAUAGAAGCUUUGCUUCGCCGUUAUAUAAAAUACUUUCUGUCAUUUAUUUUCGAUUCUGAUAUCGACGAUGAAAGAUUCGGGGAAGAAACGCGCGAAGUUCUUCUUAGAUUUUUAAAGAAGUCACUCGGUGUACUUCAAUAUGUCAUUGGUUUUGGACCUGCGCUGGAGAUUAUAUCACAUUUUUUGAGUAAAAUAUUAGAGCUCUGUGAUCCUGUGCUGCGUCGAUGGAUUAAGGCAGUAUUUCUAUCCCGUUGGAACAUUAUGAUUCGAUUCCCGGAACGGCGAACUCCUCCACUUUUAAUAUACAAGAAUGAAACCACCACCCCACCAACAACGUUGCCUUCGGCCCCUGCGCAUCAACGUUCGCAAACACAAUCUGAAGUGGAGCAUAUGGAGACUGAAAUUAUUGAAGAGAGAACAAAUUCUGAAGCAUCUGCGCUCGAUGACAGUGAAGAAAUUCCAGAAAGAUUUCCUGGUCAAGCAAUAUUACCUUCGGAUUGGGUACCAAUAAUUGCUCAAGAUGGAGUAAGGCAACGUCGCCAAGUGCAAACGCAGGAAAUGGCGAAUGGUGGAGUAGCAACAUUUAGCGAUGCCUAUAUAGGUACACUGCCUAUCAAGCGGCGUAAACUUUACGAGCAACAGAAACCACAGUUAUUAGUCAGCCCUACCCCCAAUCAUUCGGUAGUAGCAGCGUCUAUGGAACGUUUAGUUCGAGAAGGUGUAACUCGAGCGGGUGUCGAAGAAGUUGACGGUGCUGCUGUCGCUGUAGCCGUAGAUCCCGGUGUUAGACGCGCGUUUGGUCAGGCUAUCAGGGAAUGCUUGAACCCACGUAGAUACGAAACCCCAGAUUUUCCAGACCCCGUACGUUUCCCCAAUGCAACUAAAUAUUUCGCAGAUCAAGAUAGACCACCAAAAUAAUAACUAUAAGAAGGAAGCAAUUUAUAAGGGCUUAGAGUAUUUAUAAAGGAGAAACGAGGUAGCGUAACGAAGUAAGAAAUUACAGCGACCAAGGAAUAUAUUAAGAUAUAUUCACAAUCUGUAACCACGAAUAUUUUUAACAAUUAUAACUGUAUAGGUCAGCCCAACUUAAUCCAACUAUUUCUUUUAAAUUUAAUAUAUCUUCAAACAAUAUCACACAGUGAAAUAUUGCGUAAAUUACUAUUUCGUUUAAUCGGUAUAGCGUGUAGAUCGUGAGGUACGUCUAAUUUUUCAAUGUACAAAUAUGUUACAUAAUUGAUAUUGUACUUCUAUGUUAUUAAAAAUUGCAGUAUAUCGGCUAACCUUGCUCUCUCCCGUUGUACUCUAAGCAUAAAUUGACCCCAAUGCAACACUAUACUAACACAAUUCUUUCAUAUUAAAACGCGUUUUCUGUAGAAUUAUUGUUAUGCAAAUGAAGCGUAUUCUUAAUCAAACGACACACGUAUAGGUACAUCAUACAGACGGUGAUGUGUAUCAAUAAUUAUCAUACUUCUAACCUAUGCAUAUUCUACGCUAUUCAAGUGUCGUCGAUAUUAAAAUGAUAUUUUUAAUAUUUAUUCUAUUCGUUUAAUACCGACGACACUGUUGAUUGAUAUCAAUUAUAACAAUUUAUAGCCCAAUAUCUAAUUUAAAAGAGAAUAAAUUGUACGUGGAGUCAUCGGCGGUAUUUAAAAGCGAUUACUAGUUGCAAUUCAAUAAGUCCCACUGUAAUCAUGAAUUAUCUAAGACGAUAGUUUGUAUUCACGUAAGCUUUGUCGAAUAACGCGUUAUAAACUUUAUUCAAAUAACACGUCUUUGUAAUUUAUGUAGAUAAUUAAUUUCAGUUAUGCAGUGUCACGAAAUAAUUCAGAGAGGAACUUUUUAUACGAUUCAUGGUAUUCUGAUAUACAUAUAUACUUUAUGUACAUGCAAAAUAACACGCGAAAUAAUUUUAAUUGUCUUGUAACUUUUAAAUGACUAAUAGCUUAAUAUAAGAACAAAAAGAUGACGACAAAUUACGUUCGCAUUAAUAUUACAACCGUAUAUAAAUAUUUGAUAGAUCGUAUAUAAUGUUAAUAAAGUAAUUGGAGUAAU